GAUUCAAGGAGAGGGGAGCUGGUUUCCCUCUCUUGAUGGAGGGGCUGCAAAAUACGGCGGCCAUGAUGUUCAACCUUGCACAUCAGGGGACCUUAAGGUGGACUGUCCGGUCAGAAUUCAGGGGGGAAGUCAUCUUUAUUUCCAUGAACUUCUCACCGGAAUCUAGAAAGUCUCUGAAGCCUGUCACAGCAGGCACGGGCCAGUCCCGGGAGCCCUUCACCCGUGGAAACCCAAGAUAAUUUCACCUCACGUCCUGGUCACGGCAGACACCUCAAAAUACCACUCAUGCUCAUCUCCACUUGGAGAUGGCAGUGGUUAGUAGAGCCCCGGUGAAUCGGAUUACUUAAUGUGCCCAUGAAGAAGCAUGUGUUUUCACAUCGCACAAGGAACAGGUCUCAUACCUUAUGUCAGGCUGACGGGCUUCCUUUGCAGUCCUGCGCAUUUUUAAAACGGAUUUGCAGUUAUGCCUUGAGAAAGGGCCCUGGAAGCUGCCCUCCGCCCUGGGAGGCUCUGCAGAAUCAGGUCAGAAUCAGGUCAUGGCUUAGGCAGAUUAGCAAGGCCCUACACUGACCUCCUAAAGAUCCCUAAUCCUGGGACAGCAGCCAGCUGGCAGGCCCAGGGCCACACAGGUCCCUGCACCCUUUCCCAGGCCCUAGCCGGGGCUGCCAUGGCCUCCCUAUUCUCUGGUCGAGUUCUGAUCCGAAACAACAGUGACCAGGAUGAACUGGAUACAGAGGCAGAGCUCAGCCGCAGGCUGGACAACCGACUGGUGCUGCUGUUCUUCGGCGCUGGGUCCUGCCCCCAGUGCCAGGCCUUUGCACCGAUUCUCAGGGACUUCUUCAUUCGGCUCACCGAUGAGUUCUAUGUGCUGCGGGCAGCCCAGCUGGCCUUGGUGUAUGUGUCUCAGGACACCACAGAGGAGCAACAGGACCUGUUCCUCAAGGACAUGCCCAAGAAGUGGCUCUUCCUGCCCUUCGAGGAUGACCUGAGGAGGGACCUCGGACGCCAGUUCUCGGUGGAGCGGCUGCCCGCCGUCGUGGUGCUCAAGCCGAGCGGGGACGUGCUCACGCGCGACGCGGCCGACGAGAUCCGGCGCCUGGGCCCCGCCUGCUUCGCCAACUGGCAGGAGGCGGCGGAGGUGCUGGACCGCAGCUUCCUGCAGCCCGAGGACCUGGACGACCCCGCGCCGCGCAGCCUCACCGAGCCGCUGCGGCGCCGCAAGUACCGCGUGGACGGGGCGGGGCGGGGCGCACACGGCCGGGCUGCGGGGGGCGCCCCCGGGGCGGAGGGCGCGGCGGGGGAGCUGUUCUGACCUGGGUGGGGGAUGACCAGAGGGGGGUCUGUAAUGACACCUCCGAGGAGGCGGGGGUGGGAUGGGGGGUUGUUCUGACCCCCUGGUGGGGCGGGUCUACGGGGCGCCCUCA